AUGAACACAACCAAGCGCCAAAAGCAGCGCAAGGUGUUGCUGAUGGGCAAGAGCGGGGCGGGCAAGUCGUCGAUGAGAAGCAUCGUGUUCAGCAAUUAUGUCGCAAAGGACGUCCGCAGGCUCGGCGCCACGAUCGAUGUCGAGCACAGCAACAUCAAGUUUAUGGGCAACUUGAUGCUGAACCUGUGGGACUGUGGAGGCCAGGACGGCUUUGUAGAAAACUACCUCACCCAGUCGCGCAAUCACGUCUUCGGCUCCGUCGCCGUCCUCAUCUUCGUCUUCGAUAUAGAAUCUCGAGAGUUCGCUUCCGACGUCGUUUCCUACUCCAACAUCAUCCGCGCGCUGCACGAAUGCAGUCCCGGCGCCCAGGUCUUCUGCCUUAUCCACAAGAUGGAUCUCGUACAAGCGCGUCUCCGCGAGACCAUGUUCAACGAACGCGCCGAUUACAUCAGAGACGCCAGCGAGGGCUUCCGAGAGACUAUUGAGUUUUUCGCGACGAGCAUCUGGGACCAGAGCUUGUACAAGGCCUGGACCAAGAUCAUCUACUACCUGAUCCCGAACGCAGGGACCAUCGAGGCGCUGCUGGAGCAGUUAGCCGAGGUCAUCGACGCGAGGGAGCUGAUUCUGUAUGAGCGCACGACCUGCCUUACUGUUGCGCAUGUCACAAGGGAGACCGAGCAGCCGAAUCCCUUCACGGAUCGAUUUGAGCGCAUCUCGAGCAUUCUGAAGACACACAAGCAGAGCAUGGCAAAACACACCAACAUCCCCGCCGGCAGCGCAAACUUUGCCGAAAUGCAAAUCAAAACAGGCCGCUUCAUGUUCUUCAUCACGCGCCUCACCGAGAACACAAACCUCGCCGUCACCAUUCCCCCCUCGGAGCAGAUCUUCAACGCCGCUAGAGUCAACAUCUUCCAAGUCAGACCGAAGUUUGCCGAACUGGACAUCGCGUCGAAGCCAAGACUGCCGAUUCAGCAGGCGUUUGCGGGUUCGGCGGAUACUAGUGAUAUGGAUAGGGUUAAUGGGAAGGGAAAAGAGAGGGCUGAAUAG